CGCCGCAAGGAAGUUUCGAGAGCUUUCGAGGAAGGUCCCCUUAACUCAAAUCCAUCCGCCUAAUCAUUUUCCUACUUUUUCCUAAGAGAGGAGAAGAGUCGCCUGGAAGUGAGGGGAGCUGAUUUUUUAGAGUCCUUCCUUCGGCUCUGAGGAACUUGGGGCUCGGUCGGGAGGGCCGAACUGGGCCGCGGGAGGUGGGGCCGAGCGAACUAUUUUCGGCCGCGUACGGACACGGCGGCUACGUCGGCAGUGAUGAGUGACGCAACAGACGCUGCAUAAAUUUCAGCUCCGCGGAGCCGCGAGCGUUCAGACGCGGCUGGCAUUGUUAGGUGGCGGUGUGCUGGUGUGGGGGUGACUGGACGUGAUUGACUUCGGUGUCCUUGCGUUCGUUAGCAGGUCAAAAUGCAGAUCUUCGUGAAAACCCUAACCGGCAAGACCAUCACCCUGGAGGUGGAGCCCAGUGACACCAUCGAAAAUGUGAAGGCCAAGAUCCAGGAUAAAGAGGGCAUCCCCCCUGACCAGCAGAGGCUCAUCUUUGCAGGCAAGCAGCUGGAAGAUGGCCGCACUCUUUCUGAUUACAACAUCCAGAAAGAGUCAACCCUGCACCUGGUCCUGCGCCUGAGGGGUGGUAUGCAGAUCUUUGUGAAGACCCUGACCGGCAAGACCAUCACCCUGGAGGUGGAGCCCAGUGACACCAUCGAAAAUGUGAAGGCCAAGAUCCAGGAUAAAGAGGGCAUCCCGCCUGACCAGCAGAGGCUCAUCUUUGCAGGCAAGCAGCUGGAAGAUGGCCGCACUCUUUCUGAUUACAACAUCCAGAAAGAGUCAACUCUCCACCUGGUCCUGCGCCUGAGGGGUGGUAUGCAGAUCUUCGUGAAGACCCUGACCGGCAAGACCAUCACCCUGGAGGUGGAGCCCAGUGACACCAUCGAAAAUGUGAAGGCCAAGAUCCAGGAUAAAGAGGGCAUCCCGCCUGACCAGCAGAGGCUCAUCUUUGCAGGCAAGCAGCUGGAAGAUGGCCGCACUCUUUCUGAUUACAACAUCCAGAAAGAGUCAACUCUCCACCUGGUCCUGCGCCUGAGGGGUGGUAUGCAGAUCUUCGUGAAGACCCUGACCGGCAAGACCAUCACCCUGGAGGUGGAGCCCAGUGAUACCAUUGAAAAUGUGAAGGCCAAGAUCCAGGAUAAAGAGGGCAUCCCGCCUGACCAGCAGAGGCUCAUCUUUGCAGGCAAGCAGCUGGAAGAUGGCCGCACUCUUUCUGAUUACAACAUCCAGAAAGAGUCAACUCUCCACCUGGUUCUCCGUCUGAGGGGUGGCUGUUAAUUCUUCAAUCUUGAAUUCUUAGUGCCCAAUGAUGGCAUUGCUCUGCACUCUAGCCAUUUGCCCCAAUUUAAGUUUAGAAAUUACCAGUUUCAGUAAGAGCUGAAUCACUGGUUUUCUCAAUAGCUGUUCAAAAUGUUAAUAAAAGUUUUGUUGCAUGGUAGCAUAA